UUAAAGAAAAAGUCAACUAAAAGAAGUGGAGUCGAUCUAGGGCCUAGGGGAGGUGUUGUGUUCCUCGCAGUCAAAGCCUCUCCAAGUAGAAAACUCUUCAGACAUUAUUUAUAACAAAGAGAUAUAGACAAAGACUUCGAUAGUUCUCAGUUUGUGUAUCCACGAACUCUUCCAAAUAUUUUUUAAAACAUACAAAAGCCAAAACACAUUAUUUAGGGCAACUCGACGGAAGAUGCCGGAGUUAAGAGUGUUAUCGGCGUUAGAUGCGGCGAGGUUACAAUGGUACCAUUUCAAGGCGAUAAUGAUCGCCGGAUUAGGUCUCUUCACCGACGCUUACGAUCUCUUCUGCAUAGCUCCCAUCAUGAAAAUGAUCAGCCAAAUCUAUUACCACAAAGAUUCCAUCGGAACCGCCGUUCUCUCCAUCUCUUACGUCAUCGCACUCUUCGGCACCGCCUUAGGACAGCUCAUCUUCGGCUACUUAGGCGACCGUGUCGGGCGCCGAAAAGUAUACGGUCUCUGUCUCUUGAUCAUGGUGUUCAGCUCCUUCGGCUGCGGUUUCUCCGUCUGCACCACUCGCCGUUCUUGCGUCAUGGCGAGUUUAGCAUUCUUUAGAUUCGUCCUCGGGCUAGGGAUCGGUGGAGACUACCCUCUCUCCGCCACGAUCAUGUCGGAGUUCGCUAAUAAAAAGACGCGUGGGGCUUUUAUAGCCGCCGUGUUUUCGAUGCAGGGGUUGGGAAUCUUGAUGAGCUCAGCCGUGACGAUGGCUGUGUGCGAGGCGUUUAAGAUGGUCGGAGAGGGGAGUUUGGAGAAAAUGGAGGCGGCUGGAGUGGAGACUUUGGCUCCGGCGGAGUCGGAUAUUGCUUGGAGGUUGAUUCUGAUGAUCGGUGCUAUUCCCGCCGCGUUAACGUUUUACUGGCGAAUGCUCAUGCCUGAAACCGCCAGAUACACAGCACUAGUUGAGAACAACGCAAGACAAGCAGCAAAAGACAUGCAAAAAGUCAUGUCCGUAUCCAUGUCUCAAGUAGCCGAAGAUACAUUAUCGGAGACACUAGAACUACCACCAUCUACUUCUUCCUCCUACAAACUCUUCUCCCGCCGUUUCUUCAGCCUCCACGGCCGUGACCUCUUCGCAGCCUCAGCCAAUUGGUUCCUAGUGGACGUAGUCUUCUACACAAGCAACCUCCUCCUGUCUCAAAUCUUCAGUUUCUCCAACAAACCUCUCAACUCCACAAACGUCUACGACUCUGCCUUCGAGGUGGCUAAGCUAGCAGCCAUCGUAGCCGCUUGCUCCACCAUCCCCGGCUACUGGUUCACCGUCUACUUCAUCGAUAGAAUCGGUCGUGUCAAAAUUCAGCUUAUGGGGUUUUUCUGUAUGGCCGUUGUUUACCUAGUCGCUGGGGUUCCGUACAGUUGGUAUUGGUCUAAGCAUGAGAAGACUAAUAAAGGCUUUAUGGUUCUCUAUGGACUGAUCUUCUUCUUUAGCAAUUUUGGGCCUAACACGACGACCUUUAUUAUCCCGGCCGAGCUUUUCCCGGCUAGGUUUAGGUCAACUUGUCAUGGGAUAUCCGGAGCUGCCGGGAAGUUUGGGGCCAUUGUCGGGACGGUUGGUUUCUUGUGGGCCACGCAGCAUGAAGAAGAGGACAAAGGAGAAGUUUUUCCAGAGGCGAGACGCGUGAGGAUAGCGUUUUUAAUCCUUGGUGCAGUUUGUAUCGCUGGAGUCUUGGUGACGUACUUCUACACUCGUGAAACUAUGGGAAGGUCGUUAGAAGAGAACGAAGAGGACGAGAUUGAUUCCACAUGUGCAUCUUCUGGUAAUGAGUUAUUCCCUAUAGAAUAGUGAUUUUGAUAUCACAACACAAUCAAUCCUCUUUUGAUUGUCCUAUUCUAAUUUAACUCUGAAUUUCCUUGGUUUUGAUGUUUGAUAUACGUUAAGUUUUUUUUUGUUCUCGUGUUUAAUUGACUUCUUUUUUUUUAUUUGUUUUCUACUAUUUAAAUCCGUGCAUUUAAAACGGUAUAUGGAUGUCAAAGCUUGGUCAGCUUGACUCUAAACAUGAUUGAAUAUCACUCACUUUUGGUUGGGAAAGAAGCCACCUGGUUGCUUCCACAUAACCUUAUGGCUUACUAUUGUACCUCUUCAUCCCAAUGAAACC